AUGAAAAACUAUAUCUUGACCAUUUUGGCUCUGUACGCCUCUAGGACUGUCUGUGCAGAGGGUCCUGAGAUGGGCCAGUUCGUUCAGAUUAACCAGGCUGCCGAGACACCAUGUCCGGAGAAACCAGGCGAAUGCAAGCCAAUUGGAAGCGUUCGCAUGAGUGUUGAUGUCGCCUGGAAGGGCGAAACGAGAGACUUCCCUACGUGCGAUGGUGUAUGCUAUGGUAUGGAAGGCAUCUGGAAGUACGGCAUCUCUAGCAUCCAACCUAGCGAAGGGCUCAAGUGUGAUCUGUUUGGGGAUUUACAGUGUCAGGACCGGAUUUUCGCGGGGAUGUCGAGCGGUGGAAGCAGUAACCUGUACAAUGAA